UGUCACGACUACUACAAUACGUGGAUUUGGCUGACCCAUGCUAAAGACCUACGACGUUGUUUGGCCAGUACCUAUCUCAGCAGCGGUGAUGCGCAGAGAAGCAUAAAGGGCGCAAGGAGGCGGCCGUGCAACACUUCCGUUUGGCAAGGCAUUCUGUUCUUCUCCAUCUAACUUCCUAGGUUCGACUUGUUCCGGCCAAUCCUUAGUCCGUUUUCCUUAGCAGCAGUGCUGGCACUGCUAAUCCUACCCGGUAUCAUCUCACUUUGAUGAGCUCUAGUCUUUAUUAAUUCCUUGCAAUCACCGUCUACAUUUUAGCCAGGUCCGGCUAGGUACUUCGCACACUCCACAAUGAGCAGCCAAGAACUCAGCGUUAGACAAAUCAAUGGCAGGGAUAACGACCCUUAUUACAAAAUAUGUUGGGAUAGAAAGUUGGGCGAAGGAGGCUUCGGCGCUGUUUACGAGGCGAAAACGAUAACAAGCACGUCGAAGUCUAGGACGCUGGCCUGCAAGGUUGUCAAACUCUCUAACGACCAAAACAAGUUUAUGUACCAGGCGCGUGAGCUCAAGAUAUGGUACAAGGCAUGCCGGAACGCACAGCACGUGGCCCAAUUCUACGAUGCCGCGCUCAACCGACGGAACGGUGAAGCAUACAUCUACAUGGAACUACUUGCGGGCGGCGACACUUGGAAGUUAUCCGACAGAAUUCAAGCCAAGCGCGAUUUCAUACAUCCGACCCUCCUUUCCAUUAUAGCCUACCAGGCGGCCUAUGGGCUCUAUGAGAUCCACGCAAAGGACAUUCAGCAUCGCGACCUCAAGCCAGACAACCUCCUCAUGACUAGGAAGAUCACAGCAGAGAUGAACAGAGCGUUGUGGGACUUGGAGAAGGAUGGGCGUCCCAAGGAUAACUACCGCGGCGAUUUAAAGGCGGUAUGGAACAUUCUGCACGAAUCGCGGCUGGUAGUGCUGACCGACUUCGGCCUGGCGCGCGACCAUACGGCCACAAGUCAGGGAAGGAUGACCGUGGUCGGCGGCGGGUUCAGCUCCGCCUGGAAUGCGCCCGAGGUUUUGGACGGCAACAACAAACAGACGCAGUACGCUGAUGUCUUUAGCUUUGGUAUGAUUAUCUACAUCCUGGCUUCCUUCCACUUGCCCCAGCACGUUGCCGAGCGGGGAAACCUUCCCAAGGUAUAUUCUGCUUCUCUUCAGACAGUGUACCGAUGGUGUACCGAUGACACGCCUGAAAAGCGCCCGAUCGCAUGGACAGCCAUGAAUGAGCUGAAAUCGAUCAAGAAUGCCGAACUGGCCAGGAUCUCCAAAUUAUAUAACAAUUGGGAGCAGUCUGAGAGACAGGCAGCGGCGGCGAGCAGCAGCACCAGGCCAGCAGCAGGAUCGAGCAGGCCUGCCGGGAACGGGACUGCGUGUGUGCCGCAAGCUCAGGGAGGAGGCGGAGGAGGACGGACUGCCGAGCACCAGCGGCUGCUCGAUGCGGAGUUGGCGCGGAUGGCGUAUGAGAGGGAGCAGUCGGAGCAGAUGAAGCAGAAAGCGCGCCUGAAGGCCAGGCUAGAGGGUCACGGUGGCGGUGGCGGUGGCGGUGGCAGCGGCAGCGGUACUGGUGGCGUCACGCAGGCCAUGGGCCAAUUGCGCGUGGGAGACGGUGGCCGACACCGGGACGCGGGCCACACGCCCUACCAUGGUGGUGGUACCUCGCAGCCACAAAGCCCGAGAACCGCACAGGGCGUGCGGUAUGUUCGAGUGGAAGGGCAAGCACAGGGCGGAUCUUCUCAGACCGGCGGUGGGUCUGCUCGGACCGGCGGUGGGUCUUCAAGUCGCGUAAUUGUCACCGAGAGGACCGAGAGGAGGCGCUAGUCGUGCGUUGCCGCUUUGUUGCAGCAAAGGUUGUUAUUCCUAAACCCCGAGACAGGGGGCAGGGGAAGGAGAUGGAUUGGCCGGGGAUGGCUUUGUUGCUUAGCAGACUAGUGUCGGAGAGGGCUUGACGUGGGGAAGGAGGAAGGGACCGAAGGGUUGGAAGUAGGCAUUGCCAAGGGUGUCUACUAGUAGUCUGUUUGCAGGGGAUGCAAGACGAUGCAGGAAGCUAAC